CGACUUCUCAAGCACACUCACCCGCCAAGUCAGGGUACAUUUCUCUUGUUCUCCUUCUUUUCUUUACAAUCUUGACGAGCGUCUUAACGAGCGUGAACUCCGAAUAAACAUGACGAGCUCACCGCCUGACAUUUCGACCCUUUCUCUCUCCUCAUCGCACCAACGUCUUCACGAAAGUUAUGAAUACGAAGGCAACAGUGGCAGCAGACCCCAAUAUCACUUUGCCACUUCUCCGGGAAUUCCAAUUCAGUCUCAGUACAACCCUUUGACUGUGGGUCAGUCUCCGGGUCGUCUCAAGGGUGGAGCGCGGGCAGGGCUACCCACGCAAUGGCUCGACAACUCCGACAGCCGCUCUCUUUCGCCCCACAACAACUCGGAUUUCUCUUCCACCGGUGGUUCUCCUCCGCCCGGCGCCCACUUGGUCUCCCCGCCUCCUAUUGGUGCCAGCCCCAGCCAAAACCUCUUGGAUGACGAGAUCAUCCCCACCGCCAUCGUUAUCAAAAACAUUCCCUUCAAUGUCAAGCGGGAGACGUUGCUGGACAUCAUUGCUUCUCUCUCCAUUCCCACACCCUAUGCAUUCAACUAUCACUUGGAUCAGCAGGGCUCUUUCCGUGGGCUGGCUUUUGCUAAUUUCCGCCAGGCCUCUGACGCUGAUGCUGUCGUGGUUGCGUUGAAUGGCUUCGAUGUUCAAGGCCGUAAGCUGCGUGUCGAGUACAAGAAAGUGCUUCAAGCUGGGGAGAAGGAGCGUAUUGAACGCGAAAAAGCCAUCCGCCGUAUGCGUUCUAUGCAGCUGGACAAGGAACAAGUUACACCGGCCUCGACUCCUUACGAUGAAUUUGGUGCCCCCAAUUAUACCCAGCGGUCCUUCUCUGGAACACAGUACCCGCAGCAAUACUCACCUACUAACGUAUCACCGAUGCCUGGUCCCCCGUAUAAUCAUCCUAUCGCGUCUUCCCCCGCUAUGCCGAGCCAAAAUCCAAUUUCUCCUCCAGCAUCCGAGAAGGCAUCGGCCAACGAACUAGACCUUAAUGAUGCCGCUACCUUGGAAAUUUACUCCAUGAUACUCUUGUUCAAGGAUGACCGUAUGCGCGACGAACUUGCUUUCUCGAGAGCUCUGACUCCCAAGCAACGACGGGUCGUUCACUUGGUUGCUCAAAAGCUGGGCGUGUACCACUAUUCGGUUGGAGAAGGAGAGGAAAGACACGCUGUCGUGACCAGAAUUGAUCCUUCCAGGCAGCAGCAACACCCUCCUCGCACCCUUUCCCGUGCCCCUUCCGCUUAUCUCGCGCAACAAUCUCCGUCUCCGCUUCCGUCCCCUGCUCUUCGCGUGAAGAAAUCAAUGCCAGACAUGAAGACGUUGCACUCGCAGGCCCCGCGGUUGGCCCCACGCUCAUCGAACGGAAACAUCCGGGAGGGCUAUGCGACCAUUGCUGCCCCCCGCCGACAAUCAAGCGGUUUUGGUAUUCCCUCGCUCUUUUCGACAGGGGGGGCAUUCAACGUUCCACCGGUUCCCUCUGUGCCCUCGCUGAACGCUGGACACGAGAGUCCCGGCGGGGUCGUUCGCCAGCCCAGAGGUCCCGGUGCUGGUGGAUUCGUUCGCCGCGACAGCCGAGUCGGUUUGAGCGAGGCAAACACCCGAGGUGGGCUCGAUGCGCGUACUCAUGAGCCGCUGGAGAUCUGAUAAGCGAUGCUACCUCAGUUCGCUCAGAUUCCUUAGAAGGAGCUGACGGUCGGGGCAACUGACUGUCAAUUUCACCCAUUAUCUCCCAAGUAUCAACGGUCACUCUUUCUUUUGAGCUUUGUACACGAAACAUCCGCCUUUGGCACAUCGUUCCCGUUCAUUCCUUAUGUUUCAUUCCUGCGGAAUAGUUUGCACUUCAUAUAGUAUUUUCUAGCUCUCAUAAAUCUAUGUUUUCUACUGGAAGUGAUUACACUGCCACAAAUCAGGCUUGCCUCAGCGCGUACUCACUCUCAGCGGCCAUGGGUGAUUCAGGCUCAGGUCAUCUCCUGUCUCUCAAGGUUAUGCGUGUGUCGCGGCCAUCGAUAGCAAGCGCGUGGCAACCCUUCUACUCUAGCUCCCCAUCUUUCUCUUCCCAUUCGACAGUCUCGAUCCUUUCACUACAAGGCGAAACUCCUCUGGCAGGGCACCCCAAGACCUUGCGCGAUCUGACGCAUGUCACUGAACUUCUCACAUUACCGUCCUCAUUCGGUUCCAUCCAACUGGGUGAGACGUUCUCGAGCUGUCUUUGUGUCAACAAUGAGGCCCACGUGGGGAUAGAGGAUGUGACACUAAAGGUUGAGAUGCAGACUGUGACUUCGAAGGUGACUUUGGCAGAGCUCGGCGGAGCGUUAGGUGUAGGAGAGACGCUGGAGAAUAUCGUGACCCAUGAGAUCAAGGAGCUUGGCCAGCAUGUUCUGGCGUGCACAGUGUCGUAUCGGCUACCUCCCGGGUCCAGAACUGUUCCAGGGUCGUCAAGUGAGGGUGUUGAUCCCUCUUUGCAAAGUUUCCGCAAGUUUUACAAGUUUGCUGUCACCAAUCCGUUGUCUGUGAAGACGAAAGUUCAUAGUCCGCGUUCACCAUCUGCACUCAUGUCCGCUGUGGAACGGGAGAAGGUCUUUCUAGAG